CAACACCCGAAAGCACGAGACGCAGGGAAAGUGAACCGGCGUCGGCAGAUGCAGGCAGACGAAAUGGAGGUACCUAUUAAUAAUUUUAAUAAUAACAGCAACAAACAGAGGCCUCCCCCGAAAGUCAGAGAACUAUUCAAGAAUCAGCGAAAGGAUUCGGAGGGCUCCCUAGAGUCCCCCAGCCUGGAGUUUGAGUAUGGGGACACAGACUGUCUAACCGCAGAGCUAUCAGAGCUCUACAGUUACACAGAGGAGCCAGAAUUUGCCCUCAACAGAGCCUGCUUUGAGGAGGACUUCCGAACUCAAGUGAAGGACAGGAAGUGGACAGAGCUGGACGUAGCUGAGCAGAAGGCCUACGUGAUGCGGCUGCUCGAUGCUCUGGAGGUCACCAAUCGGGACAGGAGGCUGAAGGUGGCACGUGCAAUCCUCUACCUGGCACAAGGUGUGUUUGACGAGUGUGACACCGAGGAGGAUGUCCUGCACUGGUCUCGGCACAACAUUUUCCUUCUGCACGGGAUGGGGACAUUCACAGCCUUGCUGGAGCUGCUUAGCAUGGAGAUCGACAAUAACCAGGCAUGCAGCACCGCGGUGAGGAAGCCGGCUAUCUCCCUGGCUGACAGCACAGAGCUCAGGGUUCUGCUGAGCAUCAUGUACCUGAUGGUGGAGAUGGUACGCUCGGAAGCAGAGGACAACAAGCCAGAGUGGCGAACGGCCAGGGAGACCUUCAAGGCUGAGCUGGGUUCCCCCCUGUACAACGGAGAGCCUUUUGCCCUCCUGCUCUUCACCAUGGUGACCAAGUUCUGUAGCAUGAAUGCCCCUCACUUUCCCAUGAAGAAGGUGCUUCUCCUGUUGUGGAAGACCAUCCUGUUCACCCUGGGGGGGUUUGAGGAGCUGCAGGAGCUGAAGGUGCGGGGGCGCGAGCGCCUCAACCUGCCCCCCCUCCCAGAGGAUAGCAUCAAAGUGGUUCGUAGCAUGCGAGCCGCCUCGCCCCCUGCCUCUGCCGUGGAGCUCAUCGAGCAGCAGCAGCAACAGAAGAGGGGUCGACGCAGCCGUCGGACGGCCUUUCUUGAUAGCUUGGAAGGAGAGACCCCCUAUCCCAAGAAGCAGCCCCUAGUGAAGCAGGACAGCCUGGAUACCUAUGGGGAGCGUGAUCCCUUCAAGAAUGACGAGGCCCGGGAUGAAGAGGAAGAUGGCGAUGAUGUGGAUGGUGCAAUUGAGGGCGAGGUGGAUCCCUUGGACCGAGACACUAUCAUCCAACCACCACCACCCCCACCCCCGCUCCCGCUUCAGCUGUGCCCCCCCAGUGAGAGGCUGUCUUUCCCCAAGGGUCUGCCUUGGGCCCCCAAAGUCAGAGAGAAAGACAUCGAGCACUUCCUGGAGACAAGCAGGAACAAGUUCAUCGGUUUUACCUUGGGGAGUGACACUGAGACUUUGGUGGGUCUUCCAAGGCCCAUUCAUGAGAGUGUGAAGACCCUCAAACAGCACAAGUACAUUUCCAUCGCAGAGGUGCAGAUCAAGCGGGAGGAGGAGCUUCAGCAGUGUCCCCUGACUUUGGGUGAAGAGGAGGUGGAGGACACACCCAUAGAAAUCCUAUACCAGGGGAUGUUGCCAAACCUGUCCCAGUAUGUGAUUGCCUUGUUGAAGCUCCUCUUGGCAGCAGCACCCACCUCCAAGGCCAAGACAGACUCCAUUAACAUCCUGGCAGACGUCUUGCCAGAAGAGAUGCCGAUAACAGUCCUUCAGAGCAUGAAGCUUGGUGUGGAUGUAAACCGCCACAAAGAGAUAAUCGUCAAGGCCAUCUCUGCACUGCUGCUGCUGCUCCUCAAGCAUUUCAAGCUAAACCACAUCUACCAAUUUGAGUACAUCUCUCAGCAUCUUGUGUUUGCCAAUUGCAUACCUCUGAUCCUCAAGUUCUUCAACCAGAACAUCAUGUCCUACAUCAGUGCCAAAAACAGUAUCUGUGCAUUGGACUUUCCUCACUGUGUUGUCUAUGAGAUGCCCGAGCUCACAGCAGAGAGCCUGGAAUCUGGAGACAGCACCCAGUUUUGUUGGAGGAACCUUUUCUCCUGCAUCAACCUGCUGAGGAUUCUCAACAAGCUCACCAAGUGGAAGCAUUCGAGGACCAUGAUGUUGGUGGUUUUUAAGUCUGCUCCCAUCCUGAAGAGGGCCCUGAAGGUGAAACAGGCCAUGAUGCAGCUGUACGUCCUCAAGCUGCUGAAGAUUCAGACUAAAUACCUAGGCCGGCAGUGGAGAAAGAGUAACAUGAAGACCAUGUCAGCAAUAUACCAGAAGGUCCGGCACAGGCUCAAUGAUGACUGGGCCUAUGGCAACGACAUUGACGCACGGCCCUGGGACUUCCAGGCAGAAGAGUGCGCUCUGCGGGAGAGUAUUGAGCGGUUUAAUAACCGGCGCUACGACAAAAGCCCCGGCGGCGAGUUUGCACCCGUGGACAAUUGCCUGCAGAGCGUGUUGGGACAGCGCGUCGAGCUGCCAGAGGAUUUCCACUACAGCUAUGAGAUGUGGCUGGAGAGGGAGGUGUUCUCCCAGCCCAUCCAGUGGGAUGAGCUUCUGCAGGCCCAGUGAGUCGGGAGCCUGCGACUCAGUUCUCACGCAUGGUAACGUGUGUGUGGUGGGGCGGCAACAGAUUGUUUCAGCUGUACCGAAACACAGGGUGGGCCUGAAACCACAUGCAGUGAAAAGAACAACUCGUGCCUACUUUUGCUUUGCUCACACACACUGGUUUGUGUUUCAUGUAUCUGUUCACUCUGUACUAAACAUUGGAUUCAAGAGGAUUCCCAUCAGGUUCUGUGCAAGGAUUAUCUGCCCCCCCCCCCUUGAGUUUUUUUUUUUUUUUUUUAAUAUUCACUUGCACACCUGCUCUGCACAUUUUCCCAUAAAUCUGCACAACUUGCAUGUACCACUAGUGGAUGUCAGAACAGUGUGUGUGCAUUUUUUGUUCUCAGUGUAAAAGAGAAUGUUUUUCAAGUUUCACAAUGAAAGCAUGAUGUGUGUCCUACAUGCAGAAUGAUGGACCUUGGAUAUCCUUCAGGCUUUUUAGCAUUGAGGGAGGUGCUGUGUUGUACAACCAGUAUCCUUUCUUUUUCCCCUGCAGUAGUUUACUUGCUAAUACAUUGUUUCAUGUUUGCAGUGAACGUGAAACGUUUAUAGUUUUGUUUUCAUUUGAAAAGAAACUUGGCAUUAAGCAUCAUGCGGAAACUAAAGUCAGUGCUUCACUGGUAAUGUCUGAAAACAUUUUCUAUUUUUUUCCUUUUUUUUUUAUUUUUUAAAUUGUCACAUUCUCUUUUGGGGGGGGUCUACUUGAAUCUCUCUCCAAGUGUUGCCAUGAACAUGUCUUAUUUCCAUGUUUGAAGGUUUGACGACACCGAAAGCAUUUUUGGGUACAACUAAUCAGCUUGGGUGGUGUUUACUUGACAUCAUGUCACCGUAUGCCUGCAGUAUCCAGCAUAGCAUUUAAAUUUGUCAUCCUUCAUUUUUUUUCUACAGAAUAACCAUAAUGGCUUGAAAUUGUUGACAUGUCGGAAAUGGAGUCAUUUAGUUGCAAUAAUGAAAUAAGCAAUUUUAGGUUGCAAAGUACUCUGAGAUGCUUGCAGCCUCAGAAAGGGGGCCAUACAUAGCAGUGAGCUUUGGAAGUGUGUUCAGAGGAGCCACUUCUUGUCCAAGAGCCGACUGUCUCAGUCAAACGCUCGUCCUUCUCGCUGAGUGACGUUGGGGUCAUAUCCGUCUUGCUACGAGGAGAGCAGAGGCAGGAGGCGACAGAAAGCAGCAUUUCCCACCGCUACCUCGGGAACGUUCCUAAGACCAUGAGCCCCAAAGCAGAGAAGCAAAAAUCGACAUCACUGGUAAUGACAGAUGAUGUACGUGUCCUUGUUGGAGAUUGUCAGUCGCUUGAAUGCAGCCUUUCUUGGCUGCGCUUCACACAAUGGUGCUGUUUUUUUUUUGCCCCUGCCCACAUAUGUAUCGCUGAAAAGAAUGUAAGCAGCUGAGUGAAAGGCUACCGAAGCCCAAGGCUGUGCUUUUCGCUCCAGUGAGCUUUGUGGUACAGUGUUCCUCCAGGACUCACCUGACAGCAGUCGGCACUGCGCCACCCAGGCACCCAUGCUGGUACCUCAGCCAGCCUCCACUUCAUGCAAAAUAUCCUCUUGUGCACUCGAGGUUAUGUAACAAAAUUAUGUGUAACUUUUGAUGGAAAGAUUUUAUUUAUUCUUUUUAAGUUAUAUAACCCCUGCCUGCGCAUGUUUUAAUGUUCGACUGAACUACGGAGAAUUCAUUUUACUGUUUUUGAGCACUUUUGUAAACGUUGAUGUUCAAUUUUAAGAUCAAUAUCGGAUGCCAUACAAUUGGUGGUUUUAAAUGUUUUUAUCAACAGGGUCUUUUAAGGAGAUGUAUGAAAGCUUGUAAGCACAAUAACAGUAUUUAUUAUGUGUGUUUUUUUAAUGAAUGGGGAGCUUGUUCUGGUCAGAUGAAAGACUGUUUAUUCUUACAUAUAGCAAAUGUGACGAUGUUGCUGUUUCCAUCUCGGAACAGGAUCAGGGAACCUUUACUUAUCAGAAGUGGUUAAAUUGAUCAGUUAAGUGGUCAGUCACUUGAUUAACAGAUUAGAAGUGACCGUGCCUCUCUGCAAUGAAUACAUCCUGACCAUAAACACUGUACAGCACAAUGUUCUUCUCUGAAAGAGGUACAGAAGGCAAGAGUGCAAGGAUUUCUUCAGGAGAAAUCCCAACACUGGAACAUGUGGGAUCUCAGGAUUCAUGAAGCAUUUACUUGUGUCACAGUAAGUCAACAUGCCUCUUUGCUGUCCAGGACACAGUGAGGACAAUUCAAUGGUAGAGUACAGUGUAGCACAAAAUGGACAUGGAUCAGAUUUGGCUGAAUGGUGCUUCAUUUAGAUCUUUAUUCUCAUAAGUCACCAGUCCUUGUGAACAUGUUUCAUUUCUAGUGCCAAACUGCUGACCACUGUUUUUAUGUUUUCCAGCUCACUGACAUUAACAUCUCAUUUGUCUGGUUGAAAUUGAGGGCAUACUUGUAUGCAGUUUUAAACUUGAAAUUCAGCUUUUUUUAUGUAUAUGUGGAAUGAGUGGUCUGUUUCAACAAUGUGGAAAUAUUGUCAUUUGUUGUAACAAUAUCAUGCAAAUUGGAAACUUGCCUAUGAAUUUGUCUCGUUCAGGGUAAUGUGCAAUCAGUAAUUAAAAGAAUAUUG